CGCCGUGCCGCUGUUCCAGAGCGCUCGGUGUCCGGGGCUGCGAUGGCGCGCACGAAGCAGACGGCGCGGAAGUCGACGGGCGGCAAGGCGCCCCGCAAGCAGCUGGCCACCAAGGCUGCCCGCAAGAGCGCGCCGGCCACGGGCGGCGUCAAGAAGCCGCACCGCUACCGGCCCGGCACGGUGGCGCUGCGCGAGAUCCGGCGCUACCAGAAGUCCACGGAGCUGCUGAUCCGCAAGCUGCCCUUCCAGCGCCUGGUGCGCGAGAUCGCGCAGGACUUCAAGACCGACCUGCGCUUCCAGAGCUCGGCCGUCAUGGCGCUGCAGGAGGCCAGCGAGGCCUACCUGGUGGGGCUCUUCGAGGACACCAACCUGUGCGCCAUCCACGCCAAGCGCGUCACCAUCAUGCCCAAGGACAUCCAGCUGGCCCGCCGCAUCCGCGGCGAGCGCGCCUGAGCCCCCUGUCCUUCUGUAUCAAACCGAAAGGCUCUUUUAAGAGCCACCA